AUGUACACAAUCUCACGCCCGAGCGAAACCAGUGCACACCAACAUGUGUGCCGCGGCGCUACCCUCGCCCGUCGCCUCACGAGGGGCACCAGUCACUCUCUGGCCGCCGUGCAGAUAAGACGUCUCAAAGGACAAGUGGCUUUCAGUUUCGGGCUCUUGGUGGAGCAGAGCAUCGUAUUAGAAUCCAGUAACUUCCUUCGAAAACGUGACGAUGGAUUUGCCAGAGGAACUUCAAGUGGUGCGGCCUGCCCUCACUGUGACCAAGAGGGACCACACUUACCAGUAUAACCCCGGGGAGAAGCGAGGUUUGUGUGAAACGUUAUCAAAUCAUGUGCGAGAAUCCUGCCGCUGUGACCGUGACCGCGCUUGGGGGGCAGUGAAGGCCAAGCUGCCCAUCCUCUCUUGGCUCCCGCGUUAUAACUUCCGCACCGACUUCGUGGGAGAUGUUAUUUCAGGCACGACCGUGGCCAUCAUGCACAUCCCGCAAGGAAUGGCAUACGCGCUCCUGGGGGGCCUCCCACCUGUCGUAGGACUGUAUAUGGCCUUCUUCCCUGUUCUGAUGUACGUGAUAAUGGGCACAUCUCCUCAUGUCUCCAUGGGAACGUCCGCUGUUAUAAGCAUGAUGAUGGGGCAGGCGGUGGGGGACCUCUCCUCGAGCAUCGAGGAGAGGUCCCCACAGGGCUCUCGCAACGAAAGCCUCGUACAGGACAGCGUCAAUGGAACAUCUGUGACCUACACUCCGAUACAGGUCGCCUCUGCGCUGUCUCUGGUUGUCGGGUUUUGGCAGAUAGUGUUCGGUCUGCUGCAUCUGGGAGAGGUCUUCGGAAGGUUCCUGUCUGACAUGCUCAUCUCAGGCUUCACGACGGGCCUGGCCUUCCAAGUCCUCACGUCGCAGGUCAAGUCCCUCUUCGGUAUCUCGGUGCCCCGCCAUAGCGGACCAUUCAGUAUAAUCAAUACGUACGUGGAUAUCAUCGGUCAGUUGCUGUCAGCCAACGUCACUGUCAUAAUUGUGUCAUCCAUUACGAUAAUCAUUCUCGUGAUUAAUAAUGAACUCAUCAAGCCCCGGGUGAAGAAGGUGACGAAGCUGCCCAUCCCGAUCGAGCUCCUGGCGGUGGUGGCGGGAACCGUCGCCUCGUUCUUCCUCGACCUCAGGAAAAACUACAACGUCCGUGUGGUUGGGGACAUUCCUACGGGCCUACCCUCGCCCUCGGUACCGCCCCUGGAGCUGCUUCCUCGCCUCGUGGUGACCGGGUUCAUCGUGGGCCUCGUGGGCUACACCACCACCUUCUCCAUGGCCAAGCUCUUCGCCAAGAAGAAGGGCUACGCUGUCGACGCCACGCAAGAACUCUAUGCUGAGGGCGCCAGCAACGUCUUCGGCUGCUUCUUCUCCAAUGGCCCCGUGGCCGCCUCCAUGUCCCGCUCCCUCAUCCAAGAAGGCGUGGGCGGAGUCACCCUCAUCACACCUCUCAUCUCCUGCGUUUUCAUUCUCCUCAUUCUGCUCUUUGUCGGGCCCUUGUUCGAGACUCUGCCGAAUUGCGUUUUGUCGUCCAUCAUUGUAGUGUCUCUCAAAGGGAUGUUCAUGCAGUUCCACGAGCUAGCGGCGCUGUGGCCUGUCUCCAAGUUGGACGCCAUCAUCUGGGUCUCCACCUUCCUCACCUGCGUCGUCAUCAACAUCGACUACGGCCUGUUUGUGGGCAUCGGGGUAUCCGUGCUGGUGCUCCUCUCCCGGUCUCAGAGUCCCUCGCUGCGGCGUCUGGGUCGCGUUCCCGGGACUGAUCUCUAUCUCGACUGUGACAAAUAUGCAACGGCCCAGGAAAUCGCCGGCAUAAGGGUCGUGAGGAUCGCCGGUGCCCUCCACUUCGCCAACACCGCCCAGGUCAAGGAGGAGCUUCCUGAGGCGGCGGGUUUGCGUGAAGCUGGGCCUCCAACACAGCCGGGAAUUUACACGGUCUCGGGGAAUACCUUUAAGGCGACAGUGGAGACGAUGCUAAGUAACGGAUCUAUAUCGGGUGAAAAUAACCAAGAGACCGAUUUCGAAGGAUAUUCCAAAAAAGUUGAAAAGAGAGAGAUUCUGGACAGCGACGACCAGCGAACAACCGCUGGCGCAACGACCAUCUUCGUGCCGGACACACUGUGGCUGGUCCUGGACAUGAGCUGCGUCAGUUUCGUGGACUCGAGCGGCGGGAAACUUCUGUCGGAACUGCACAAGGAGCUCGAGGCUUCCAAUGUUAACUUGUGCCUCGCUUCUCCGUCAGAAAAAGUCCUGAAGCAGCUGGAGCGCUGCGGAACGCUGGACGUCCUGCCGAAGGAGCGGCUGUUCCACUCUGUCCAUGACGCGGUCACGAUCCUGUCCCGCCACUCCGCGCCCUCGCCUGCCCGCGCACCGGAGCCGAGGGAGGCCAGCGUUACGCGCUUCUGAUGCAGGCCGCUGCAGGAGGCGCCGCAGUACUCUCAGGAAGUUUAGUACAUCAGGGUGAAAGGAAGUAUCGGAGGUAAAUCC